AUCAGCGAAUGUUGUUGGACCCGUGUCGUUCGGGCCCUGGUUGACUCGGCUUCGUUCAGUUGGUAACCUACUUUGCUUCGAUUCGUACAUGUUUUUUUCCGACUCGCCAAACCAAUUUCCGCGCGCAUAUCGAGCGAAAACUUUCUGCGGUUGUUGCACGCGAAGAGAAGUGCCGCAUCCUUUCGGUACGGAUUAAAGAUUUCCAAGUGCCAAGGGAUGAAACUGCAAACCGAUGGUUCAUUCCUUCUUCCUGUUGUUUUGAUCUUUGUUCUGUGAUGCGCUAUCUCUUGUGUUUUGUUUUCGUCUCGUUUUCGUCGACAGUUCAAUUUAUUUUGGUAGAAAAAUAAGUAGUGAAUGGACGUAACGUUUAAUUUUCUUCGAUGCGCAGAAAGUGAGAGUUUACGGAUGUGUUUGGAGCAGCAACGAGGUCGAAUGCAGCUGCCGUCUAGGGAUCUUGCCCUGUCGUUUAUGAAGUGAUCGUUAUUGACCUUAAACCAACUGUCUCGUAAGUUGAAUUGUUUGUGCUUUCAUAGUGGAUAUUUAUACGGAUGAGGUGUGAAAUUGUGGGAUGCAAACAGAAGAUUUUUUCCUCCUGUGAAGAGCGUGUUUUUAAAAACAACAUUAUUUACGGCGUUUGCGAGUGCAUCAAAAGACUACGUCUGCGGAAGAGAAGAAAGCAAGUGCAGAAUGUGAUGUACGUUAUGGAUCGUUAUGAAAGUGUCUGACAAGUGAAGGUUCUCGUUAACGUUUAAGUGUCAGAAAUCAAGAAAAAUAUUCUACGAAAUAUGGAUUAAAGUAUAGUUGGAGAAGCAAAUUAUCAACGGUUCCAGUUUACUUGCCAUCGAGCCACGUUGAAUUAGGAGCAGCAGUUCCCGAGGAAAUCCGGAACACAUAACAGAUCUCUCACCGCUAAGACUGACCAGUGCGUGAUAUGGAAAACAAGUGAAUAUAAAUCUAGAAUGCGAUGUGGAAUAAAUAUUAUCUACUGUUUCUACUAAUUACUGCUAGCUGCCCGAUGUGUUCAAAGUGAAAAAUGAAGAAUCAAAGUGUCUUGUUAACAUGAGGAACAACCGUCCAGCGAUCGCUUUUGUUCUAGCUCACAUUACACGGCCGGCAUUUUCUUGCCGUCUUAGUAGGCGGUUUGCACGGUGCUACAGAUCGUCCCCGAUCUCCGGCUCCAGGUCACCUUGUUCCAGUUUCGUUGCACAUUUUCAACCUAAGGAUACCACACAAAGUGAUUCUUCAACCACUUAGAUCUCUUUUCAUUCGUGAGAGGCGUAGUGUUCAAACAAAAGUAGGCAUAGUUGUAGCUCCGACAGAUGUAUUUUUAUCAGUUGUUGAACCUUGAAAGGAACCAGAGGCUGAGUAGCUAGAAUUCUACAAUACACAAUAGUGAAGUAAUCAGAGUGAAAUUAAAACUGCCCAUGUUUCAUCGCCAGUAGUGUUUACGAGAGUGACCUUUCCCGGUGCAGUAUCAAUCGCCUUGCGAGAAAAGAACAACGAGAGAAGGAGUUCGCGCGAUAAGUGAUUCCAGUUUCAAGUGUAUCAAAAUAUUUACAAAGUGACUGCUAAUGCGAAGGAAAGUGCUUCCUGGUAGUGAAGUCAGCAGAAAACCCAAACAUAACCUUACUCCUGAGCACCAGAGGAAUUAAGAGCGAUGUGAAUGAAUCGAUCAAAGGCGGCGCGACAAUCGCGGAACAGAUCCAUUCUAGUGGCCUGCUGUGCUUCAGGUGAAAGAUUAAUUGUACUAUUUUACCGUUGUGCCGUGAACCUACGAUCUUAAACAUGACGUUAUCACGAUUACGAAUGCUUGAACCCGAUAAACCUGUAGCAAACAACGCAGCGCUGUGAGUGUACGUGACCUGUUUGAAUGAAACGAUGCUUUAAAGAUAAAGCCCUAUAGUGAACAGUCCGUAAGCGACCGGAGCAAACCAUUGCUCCACCUAUCCUUCAAUCUGAAUCCCGUUAGAAAUCCAGAACUCGUUACGAAAAUGACGUCUCUAGGAAUUAUGACAUUGAGCCGUGGACCCUACAACGAGCUCGAUAAAAUGAGCCUUUUUCAAGAUUUAAAGCUGAAACGAAGAAAAGUUGACUCAAGAUGUAGCAGCGAUGGGGAGUCCAUAGCCGAUACCAGUACUUCAUCACCAGAUCUUCUGCAACCGCUCUCACCGAAGAUGUGCGAUCAGCAGCAGUCGGCAGGCCAGUUGGAGCUGGGCGAGCACGGAGCCGAGUUGGAGGAUGGCUCGCCGGCUCCGGCUGCUGCUGCAGACCACCAGCACCACCAGCACCACCACCACCACCACCACCAGCAGCAGCAGCACCAGCAACAACAACACCAUCACCAUCAUCAGCAUCCACAUCAUCAACAACACCACCACCAGCAGCAGCAACAGCAACAACAACAGCACCACCCGCAGCAUCCUCUCCACCAUCAUCAUCAACCGCAUCAUCAUCAUCAUAGCAAUAAUGUCGAUAAUAACAAUACGUUAACAAGCAACAACAACAACAAUAAUAAUAACAACAACAGUAACAGCAGUGAUAGUUGCUUAACGUCACCAAAGCCAAUGCUCGAUAGCAGUCUGAACGACGAUGAUGGUGGCAGUGACAGGGCAUCGCCUGAUUCGCCGGGUUUGUUGAUAGACGAAAGGCCACCUUCGAGACUGAAUCCGAAACCGGAUGCCGCCGGUAGUAUACCGGUGUCGUAUUCCAGUACAGCCAAUUGCGGUGGGGGCGCUAGUGUGAUACGUUCGGUGGCGGAUGAGCGUCCCCGGUCAACCAGUCCGCCUAGCAGCCAUAAUUUAGCGCUAAUGAAUUCCAUUCAGCUACUACAGCAGCACUACAGUGCGAACAGUGGCAGUACUGCUCCCAGUGCGGGCGGCGGAAGCAGCAGCAGCAGCUGUAGGGAAUCUUCCGGAGGCGGCGCAGAUGGACCAAGUCAUUCACAACAGCAGCAACAUCAGCAACAUGUGACCGUACUAGUCACUCCGAACCGCAUGAAGUCUGACCAACCGACGACGCUGGUCACGCUGGGGAUGCGCAAACAAGCACCACCGUCAAUUAAUCCAGCAGACACCAACACCGGCAGCGAUAGCAGUAGUAACACCAACGGUAGUCAAACUAGUACUAGUGAUAUCUGUAAUGGUAGUAAUAGCAACGCUAGUAAUAAUAAUCAAGAGCCUAAUAGACUUACAUCGACACCGCAAAGUUCAACGUCGUCGUCGCCGGCAUCAACGACAUCUGCAUCGUCGUCGAAUUCGUCAUCCACAUCAAGUGCAACGCCGGGUCAGCCGCCUGUUCACAUUCACAUGUUUCAACAGCCCCCGAUGGGUGGAAUGUCUAAAUUCACAUCUAGUCAAAUUUCUUCAAAUAGUCUAAACCUUCAGCAGCAGCAGCAUAUCGCACAGCAACAAAUGCUGCAGGCCAUGCAACAGCAGAUUCGCAUAAAGAAGGAGCGCAUGCCACAGUACACGAUCGUUAAUCAAAACACGAAUACAUCCCUGCUGCCAGGCGCUCAUCAGCGGCAAGCAAACAUGCAAAUGAUGCCCAAUCCCCAGCAACAGGCAUACAUGAAACGCGAACGAUCCCUAUCGAAUCAGAACUACACCGUCGUAAACGUAAACAUGCCACCCGUGUCAAUGCCCGGAAACAUGAACCACCAAAGGCAACAACCUCCGCUGAACAGCAGCAGCGGCAGCAGUAGUAGAGGCGGUAUUCAAUCAGCUAAUCAAAUGCAGCCACCGAUGUCACCUACUCAGCAACAGCAAAACCGACAGCAGAGUCCAAUCCCGAUUGGUUCCACCAAUAUGCCGCAGUCGCCGUCUCACAUAAUCAUCAAACGUGAACGGCAACCUCUAACUGGCAGUCAACCGAUGGUUAGCCAAGCCAUGCAACUAUCACCCAAUAACCAACGGCUACCGAGUCCUAUCCAAGUCAGUCCCACCACAUCCCCGCUGAAUCCCGCUCUUCAGAUUCGACAUCCCUCGCGUGACGCAGCCAUCUUAUUUCGUGUGAAAAACGAAACGCAAAUACCAAAUCUCAUGUCCCAGCAGUUGGCUGGGGUCCCACCGCGGAUGGCAGUGUGGCCGGGUAGUCAGCAGCGAAUCAACGGUGUCAAGCCGGAAGUGAUCGGUGGUCCCCUUCCCCCGCUAAGAAACCAAAUAUCACCCCAGCCGUCUCCGCAGCACUAUCAGGGCCCUGGUCCAAUCACCUCGCAGUCGUCCUUUCGCAAUACUCCCACGGUCAUCAUGGGCGAAUCUUGCGGAGUUCGCACGAUGGUCUGGAGCUACGAUUCCCCACCGCAAGUACAAACUACGACACCCUCGAUUCCGUCAUCCCCGUCGGCAGCCAGUACCGGCUCGAUGCAAAGCCCGAUGGGACCCGGAUCGUCCCACAGUGGCAGCAGUGCUGGUGGUGGCAGCAGCAUUGGAGGCGGCAAUAUUCCCCAAUCGCCGGGUGGCACUCAGCACCAUCAGAACAGCAACAGCAGCAGCAGCAGUAGCAGCACCAGCAACAACGAGGAAGCGGCGCAUCUACUUCUAAGCUUAGGACAAACCGUAAGGCAAAAUGAGGCUCAACCAUGGACACCCAGUCGGACAGGACUGCCGCUAAACAUGGAACGGCUGUGGGCAGGUGACUACAGUCAGUUUCCCACCGGUCAUCAGAUGCAUGCCCUGAACCUAACCUCGCAACAGCCGUGGAACAUACCGCCCGGACCAAAAAAGGAACUGUUGGAUGAUAUGCCGCCAGAUGAGGACGAACAGCCGCUGGUGUGUAUGAUUUGCGAAGAUAAGGCCACCGGACUGCAUUACGGAAUCAUAACAUGCGAGGGCUGCAAGGGUUUCUUCAAGCGGACAGUGCAAAACCGAAGAGUUUACACCUGCGUAGCGGACGGUACCUGUGAGAUCACCAAGGCCCAACGGAAUCGCUGCCAGUAUUGUAGGUUUAAGAAGUGCAUUGAACAAGGCAUGGUGCUUCAAGCUGUUCGAGAAGAUCGAAUGCCGGGCGGGCGAAAUAGUGGCGCAGUUUACAACCUGUACAAAGUUAAAUAUAAGAAACACAAAAAGAACAACCAGAAACUGAACAACCACCAGCAAAAGCUAGGCCUGCCCGGUAGCGACAAUCCAAAGUCGAUGUAUCUGACCUCGUCAACGACGCCGCCGAUCAAGUCUGAAAGUAUUAGUCUGCCAUCGCAUCUGGUCAACGGAACGAUCCUGAAGACCGCCCUAACCAACCCGAGCGAAAUUGUGCAUUUACGCCAUAGACUGGACAACGCCGUCAGCUCGUCCAAGGAUCGGUCGAUCUCGUACGAGCAAGCCUUGAACAUGAUACAUACCCUUAUAGACUGUGAUGCUAUGGAGGACAUAGCGACCCUGCCGCAUUUUAGUGAAUUCCUCGCCGACAAGUCGGAGAUUGGCGAUAAGCUUUGUAAUAUAGGUGAUUCCAUUGUACAUAAGCUCGUCUCGUGGACCCGUAAGCUGCCAUUCUAUAUGGACAUAGCGGUCGAAAUUCACACGAAACUGUUGACGGACAAGUGGCACGAAAUUCUGGUGCUAACAACUGCCGCCUAUCAGGCCAUGCACGGCAAGAAGAACAUCAGCAAUCAACUCUCGAGCGGACCGGAAGGGGCGACAAGUCUCGCGCCCGAUAAAGAAGAUCCGGAGUUUGUUGAGGAGAUAACCGCCCACCUUCAAACGCUGCAAUCUUGCCUGACGACGUUGAUGGGUCAUCCGAUCUCAAUCGAGCAGCUAAAAAUCGACGUUGGACAGAUGGUGGAGAAAAUGACUCAAAUCACCAUCAUGUUUCGAAGGAGUAAACUUAAAAUGGAAGAGUAUGUCUGUCUGAAAGUUUAUAUUUUGUUGAACAAAGAAGCUGAAUUGGAAAGCAUACAGGAACGUUAUGUGCAAGUACUUAGAACCUAUCUACAGCAUACCGUACCGCACAGCCCCAAUAGACUGUCGGACCUGCUUGCCCACAUACCUGAGAUCCAAACAGCCGCCAGUUUGCUGCUGGAGAGUAAAAUGUUCUACGUGCCCUUCGUUCUGAACUCCGCCAGCAUUAGGUAGCAGAUGAUCGAGCGGGGAAUGCUAGAACCACUCCAGCACGAGCUUCACCGUUUCCACGAAGAGCAGCAACAGCAUAAUCAAACGACUGAUCCUAGCAAACCAGCACCGCCAUCGGCACCAUCGGUAACAACCUUACGCCAGCAGGCGUUAUCCGCACAUCCGGUUCUUCAGAUCCCUGUUACAUCAUUCGCGCAACCGCAGCCGCAGAUCGCUAAACGCUCACCAUCAUCAGCGACAAUGUCUGCCUCAACAAUGGUUUCCAGUAAUCAGCAACAUCUAUCAGCAGCACUAACACCGCAACAUCAUCAUCAUCAACAACAACAUCAACAACAGCAACAGCAGCAAAUACAACACGUGCAACCAAUGCUUCAGCAAGCGCAACAGCAAUUAGUACAGCUGCAACCGCGUCAGUCACCACCGCAUUCCCAGGCCAUCAAUCGCAGUGGAUCUGUAACAAUUUUUGUUAUCAAAACUAUGUUACCUGAUGAGUAAUAAUUUUCAGUUUUCGCCUCCGUAGUUAAACGAGAGAAAGUGACGCACUCCUUCAAAAUAUGGGCACCGUUUGUUAUUUAAGGUUAUGGAAAUCGUAAUGCAUUGCGGAAAUGUACUGAGUUUCGAUUUUUCUUUACUACUGCUAAAAGACAAGUGAAGAGCAUACCGAGUUGAUUCUCGUUUUUAGUUGUUUUUGUUUUUUUUUAUGAAAUGUUUCAUAUACUUUUUAAACCAUUUCUCGUUGAGCGUGGAAAUAGGUCACUGUAAGGCGACAACAAGUAAAGAGAAAACAAUUUUUAACGUGGAUAGAAUAGAUGUACUUCAUUAUAUACACAUCUGAAAGCAUAGAGAUUUUGCAUAUACACGCACUCAUAUACACAAAUCUUGAAAAAUAUGUAAAAAGCGAAUCAAUAUGAAGAACAAAAAUAUAAAUUUUCACCCUAACCUGAAUGUAUUGUACUGUGAAAACAUCAAACCGUUUAUUCUAAACAAUAAAUCACUCCCGAAUAUGCAUUGGAGCGUUGUUAGGACAAGCUAAUAGUUCUGCAUGGCUUGCUGAUUGGCUUACGCGCAGUGGUUGCAUCACCGAAUGGGUCUGUCUAUUCAGUCGCGUGAAAAGAAAAAUUGAAAAUAAUAAGAGAAGAAAAAAAUAAACAAUAGCAUGGAUUCACAUUCGAGGGAAAAUAUUUUUCCACUACUAGGAAGUCUGAAAAUAAAUGCCUUCUAUAUUAUAAAUAAAAAAAACGAGCGACCGUAGGUGUAACUGAUUUAAGAGUAGAAGAAUCGCGAAAAAUAAAAGUGGAAAAGUAAUCAAAUUUCCCGUUUCACACAAGUAUAUGAACUGCGAGCAAAGCAUUGGUAUUAAAACAAAAUAAAUCGAGCGGAAAUCGGUAGCGAUCGAAAAGUCGUGCAUAAAGAAAACGUAAACAAACACAUAUAUAUUUUUAUAUAUUUAAUUGACGAUUAAUUGUUGUUCUUCUUAUUAAUAUUUUUAUUAGCUAAUUUUACAAACAACAAAAAAAAACAACAAAAACAUAGUUAUGACGGAGAGCAACCGAAACAGUGUAUUUUACAACCGAAAAACACAAUUAUCAACUUUCAAACGGAAAGUGCUGAUGCUAUUAACAACUACCAUAACAAAAAAAAACGCGAUUUGCUAGAAGCCUCCCCCUGUUUGUACAACAUUUGUUCAGCCAUUAUGCUGAGCCGCGGGUGCUGCUUUAUACAUACAGCAAACUGAACGCACUGAAACAUCCAAUUUUUAAUGUAAAUAGAAGAUUUUCACAUGUUUGCUUUUAUUCUCUUCUUCUUCGUCAUUUUUUAUAAACUUUAAAAAUAUAUUUUAGUUGUAUAGGUGGAAAAAAUGCAUGCUUUUAAACGGUUCCCGCAGAGUUGAACAAGUUGAAGGGAAAGCCUUUUGCUCUACCAAAAUCCUGCGCGGGCAAGGGUUGUCCUCUCCUUUAAAUAGGGUGGUAGCGAAUUUUGAGUAGUUUGUAAAAUGAAGUUUAGCAAAUGCCAACUAUAUACGUUAAAACAAAUCGUGGUUUCCUUUCAGUUCACUAAGCGUACUAACUGUAGGGCAAGAGAGAAUGGGAAAGAGGUGCACGUUUUCGUUUCGACACAUCACAGAACGCGAUAACUGAUUUUAAAUCGACUAAGAUAUAACGUUUACUAGUUUAGAGAAUAAUUUGAAAAUGACCAAAACUGAUAAAUUGAUCCUCCUGAUUUUUGUUUUUAAAUUAAUACUACUAUAUAUGUUUAGGAAGCGAGGCAUGAAACAAUCCUGUAUUUUUAGGCAACAUUAUUUAUCCGCAAACGACUUUUUUAUUACUGUGGACGAGAAACAAACGUAGUGAAAAACUAACCGUGAAAAUAACUCAUUUUGAAUGUUUAGAGACUCGUUUUAGCAAACACGUAACUUAUCAAAUAAUUAUUUAUACACAAAAAAGAAGCAGAGAAAACAGCUUGUUUCGUUGUCCGACGUGGAUUUUUUCCAUUUGCCAGAAGCUACUUUUUUAGCUUGUAUGUGCGUUAAUAGAACGAUAUGAAACCAAAAAUUUAGAAAAUGUAAUACUGUAUUUGUAUAGGAAACUGCUAAACGGUGAACUAUCAUCGUCCUUCUCAUGCCCAAAAACCCCAUCAUUUCAGUUCCAUUUGUCGCAUUAUUAUUAUCUCUGAAAGCAAACCAAUUUACACCGACAAGAUGUAGCAGAAAACAAAACUUACACUCGCAUUCACUAUCGAAGGACCCUCGUGUACCGUUCGAACAGAAAAAACGCAAACUACACAGAUCGAAGCAACCCACAACCACAGACAGAUGAAGACAGAAGCAUAUUUAAAACCAUGUAAUUUGAGCAAAGUAACCAUGUAAAUGUGUCUGAACGUAAAUAUUUCGUAAAUCAACCGAAAAUCAAAGUAAAAUCCCCUUAUUAUGGAACCGUUGUUACCAAUGAAACCAUAUUACUUAUUAAUUAUUGUGUAAAGAAGAAAGGAACUGCAUUAAAAAAAUAAAAAAAACUUCAGAACGGAAAGAAAUAGAUCACAGAUUAGUAUGCAUUCAUACCGGCACACUGAGCAAACUGCAUUAGCACACAAAUACACACUCACUUACAUACAUACACAAACACACUAAAACAGGCUCCUGGAACAAGUCAGCAGCAAGCUAGGAAUGAUAAAAGACUAAUAUAUACAUAUACAAACAAAAAUACAUAAAUACACUGAAAAACACACAUCCACAUAUUGCGGAAAGAAACAAAAGAAAGUUACCCUUAAGUCAUGCCGACAAAAAAGCAAAUAUGUCAAUAAAUAAAUCACUGCCAGAAUGAAAAUACAUUAACAAGAUCACUGCGAAACAGUAACGAAAACUUUUCAAUCAAAAACAAGCAAAAAUACAACAACUGCCAACCGUUUACCCAAAACGGAACUCAAAAAUACAAAAAAUAAAAUAGUACAGUGGAACAACAGACAUGUGAAAGUAGAGGAAACGGUUUUCCCAUUUUAUGUGUUAGUUAGAUGUUGUCUUAUGUUUUGUUUUGAUUUACGCUUUUUGUUGUGAUUUAUUUUCGUAUAGAAUUAUGUUGUGAUAUAAAACAAAAAGUCCAAAAAAACAAUGAUUUGCUGCCAAUAUUUUCCUCUUUUCCUUUCCACACAUUUAUUAAAACUAUCUCAACCUGAAGCAAUCCAAAGACGACGAGAGUGAGCCAGACAUGUUUUCUUCGCUAAUAGUAUCAUUAUUUUUUUCCUAAACGACAAUGUACAAAAGGACGACGACACCGCGCCAAAUUCCACACCUACCCGUAAAGUUAAGCUUCAAAUCGUUUCGUAAGAUUAAUCUACAUUUUAAAUACAGUGAUUAGUACGUAGGAUAAUGUAAGACAAACGCAAUGGUGGUUUAAAGUUACCAGAAAAUCUUGAAAAUAACCGUUGAAGAGAACUGUUCAUUUUAACUAGUGUCACAUAAUUAACCAGCUAUAGAUGGAGAUUUCAGUACAGUGCUUUCGAACUAAACUGUCGUCGUCGUAUAACUUCUGUUCCAAUUCAACAACAAUCCGCUCACUCUAGCCUGUCCAGGAUCAAUCACUAUUUCAAUCACCUCUUCAUCAAUUGGAAAAUCGGACCUUAGGUGAAAUGCUUUUAUUGUACAGAAAUGGGCAACCUCAUUUUUUUCCCUUCAUUUAUCUUGACUAGAUUCCAACACCAAAAUCUUUGAACAAAAAAAUGUUGGUAUUCAAACGCAGUCAUACUGGAACCCUAUAUCCAAUGCAUUGAUCUAUUUUAUUCACAAUAAGACAGUACCAUGAUAUGACUAGUGAACAAGUCGAUAACAGCAACCAACACAAAGUAAAACUGUUUCAAGCACACCGUAAAAAUCAGCUUCUGCACCAUUUUGUCAACAUAACAAAAAAUAGAAAAACAGACUCAUUCCUUUAUCUGAUUUCACGAGUAUUGCUGUUACACUCAUCCUCAAGUUCAUUAUUUAUGUAAAAAAAUAACCGAACAAUUGCUGCCAUCAUCUCUAGAGCAUUUUCACGAAAAAAAUCGUACCGUCUAUCGUUGCUUGUUUUUAAUUUUUCAAAACACAUUCGUUCGCUUUAGUUUUAUUUUUUGUUGCAAUCACUAUAUAAGAAAAACAAACUAUAAAUAUACAUUUUCACCACUCCUACGCAUAUUCUUCACAGCGUUUCACCAUAGAAACAAUACGCAACGGAAACAAACAAAAAUGUGUACAUUUUACGAGACAAACAAAAAAAACACAAAAAGUAAGCAACCACUAUAACAGAACACUGCCGGUUCUCAAGUAAAGCGUUCGCCCGGUGUUUGAUGCAGUAGGCCUUUGUGUCAACACAGCACCGUUUUGGCGAACCAUAGAAGCUAACUGAUAAGUAAUAAAGAUAAUGGAUAACGACGAGAAGGAAGAAAUGAUUAUUGUAAUUGUAAGACCUAAUGAUAAUGAAACAAGUAAUUGAGUAAAGAAAAAAAGUAUAAACUAUAAAUACCUAAUUACCGAUUAAGAGUAUACAUACAGCUACAGAAAAUUAGUAAAGCAAAAAAGCAGAACGUUAGAAAUUGUGUAAAAGAAAAAAAAUAAAAACGAAUGAAAUAAAAGAAAACUAAAUCGGAAAUGUAAGCG